AUGGUCUCCGUGUACUUCCUCGUCAUAUUUGUUCAACAGUUGAGCUAUGUUGCUUGUUUUAUAAUCAUGUUUCAGCGAAUAUUGACAUAUAAGGAGGGUUGCGAUAUUGCCAUCGCCAAAAUCCCGUAUAUAGCCGCGCAUAUCCCAUUGGCGGCCAGUUUGACGAUGGGAGUGUUCUCACAGAAUUUCGUGUUGCCGCUGACCUUCUUCGGUUGGGCCUAUCAGAAUUGCGAUUUAAACAAGCGCGUCAUCAACGCGGCGACGAGUCCCGACGGCAUCGAGAAUCGCCUCAGCAAAAUUCUGAUCGUCAUAUUCACCAUGUUAAUUGCCAGCCUCCUCAUGAUGAUCUACACGCGAAAACUCAACCACCACCAUCGUGAUAGAAUCGAAUCGAAUCUAUCGGCGAGAUUCCAGCUGCAAGAGAAUCUCUCGAUGCAAGGCUUCAUCGCGAGGAUCCUCAUCGUCAAUUUGAUAUUCAAUUUGAUGCAUAGCGGUUCCGGCUAUGCGUUGUCAUUCACCAACAUUCAAUGGUCCGCGAUGAAUGCGCAAUUCAUGGAAUUUGUGAGAAACGCUCUAAAUCUCUCCCCUCUAAACGGCCUCAUCGUGUCGUUCAUCGCCAUCCGGCAAGUCGCAAUGGAGCAGCGUCAUCGGAUUCAGGCGACGACGCGAAUCGUCGGCCUGCCGGUGAAAGGCCACGAAGGCUAUGAAGCGUAUCGUCAAAUUCUCAACGUUCAUUGGACGCAACAUUCAAAGGCAACAAUUUAA